GGCUGCCAGAGCCCGCGCUAUCCCGGCCGCUGCCCGCGCGGCCAGAGCGCGCCGCGGGCGGCGGGCACGGCGCGGCCGCCCAGAUCUUGUUUAUGGUCCCUGAAUCUCCAUCUGUUAAGACUCUCCUAGAGGCUUGUACAGUGUUUCAAAGAGAAAUACUCACCAUAUGGAUAUUUCAUGCAGAGACCUGACUGAUGCACAUCCAUGAACCUCACCCAUCCAAGAACCUGCACACAGGGUGAGAUUGCCUCUGUCCAAAUAAACUGUAAAAUACCAGGAAAAGGAAGGCAUUUAAAGUUUUGCCCAGAAGGAAUAAAAAAUAAACAUGGCAGAAUUCACAGGUUACAAGGAAACUUCGAAUCGUCACCUACGAUUCAAAUUACAGAGUCUUAGUCGCCGCCUUGAUGAACUGGAGGAAGCCACUAAAAAUCUCCAGAAAGCCGAGGAUGAGCUGCUUGACCUCCAGGACAAAGUUAUCCAGGCAGAAGGCAGCAAUUCCAGCAUGCUGGCUGAUGUCGAAGCCCUGCGGAAAAGAGUGCUGAAGAUUGAAGGCAAGGAUGAAGAAAUAAAGAAAGCAGAAGAGCUUUGCCGGUUAAUGAAAGAAAAACUUGAAGAGGAAGAAAGCCUCACCCGAGAGCUGAAGGCAGAAAUUGAACGACUUCAGAAGAGAAUGGCAGAACUGGAAAAACUGGAGGAAGCCUUCAGCAGAAGCAAGAAUGACUGUACCCAGCUGUGUCUUAGCCUUAAUGAAGAAAAGAACUUGACAAAAAAGAUAUCUACAGAAUUAGAAAUACUUAGAGUGAAAGUGAAAGAACUUGAAGCAUCUGAAGACAAACUAGAUAAAACUGAGCAGAGCUUAACGGGUGAGUUAGAAAAACUGAAAUCCUUAGCACUGAGCUUUAUCAGUGAAAGGAAACAUUUUAAUGAAAGAGAAAAGCAGAACGAAAAGUUAAUCCAGGAGCUAACCCAGAAAUUAGAGCAAAACAAUAAACUAAAUAGAGCAGAUCAAACUAGAAAUGCAUCCAAUUUGUUAGAAAGAUCAUCACAUAAUCUCUUGGAAAGAAAUGAUUUGAAAAUUGAAGAUGAAUUGUCACCUACAUUGCCCUCUAAAGAAACCAGAAGGAAGGGAAGUGUGGAUUACCUAAAACAUGUAGAAAAUGAAACCAGGAAUAAAUCAGAAAACCAAAAGAAUAAAAAUCAGGAAGACAACAAAGUAAAAGAUCUCACACAAGAAAUUGAGAAACUUAAAACUCAGAUCAAGCAUUUUGAAUCUUUAGAAGAAGAACUUAAAAAAAUGAGAGCGAAAAACAAUGACUUGCAGGACAGUUACUUGAGUGAACAAAAUAAAAACAAACUCUUGAUUGGUCAAUUAGAAGAAAUAAAAAUGCAAAUAAAGAAACAAAAAGAUCUGGAGAAUGGAGAGGUAGAAAAUGAAGAUAUGAGCUUUUCUAGCAGGGGGAAACACGAUAGACCUAAAUACAGAGGUAUCACAGCUGAUCUGACAGCUAGCAAGCACAAGGCAAGGGAACUUUCACCUCAGCACCGACGGGAAAGAAUACGGAACAGAGAUUUCUCCUUUGGUAAUGACAGUUACUGCCACAGUGGUAAGCAAGUACCCAGUCCAAGCUUAAUGAACAGGAAAGCCGGAAAGACAUCCAGUGCAUCUACCCUUCUAGAUGCUACUGCAACAGAUACAAAAAGACUGGAAGAGAAAUCUUCAGUUUCCACUUUUUCGUCUGGUCAGAAGGAAGGCUGUGUUACACAGAAUGAGGGAAAGCGAUCAAAAGAGCAGCCGUCUGUCCUCAGUCGAUAUCCUCCUGCUGCACACGAGCAGAAAUCUUGGAAAGCUGCUUCUAAACCUGUUAACGACGCAGGCCUAAGAUCCAAGGUUGAAAAGCCAUAUCAGAUGCUCCGUGGCAACUGCCAAACCAACUCUGAUGCACGGGAUGAAAAAUCAAGCAAAGGAGAAUCAGUGUAUUCUUUGCCUGAGAAGCUGAAAACAAGUCAGACAGAAAUUGCUGACUCUGUGGAUAUGCUCCUCCCCAAGGGUAAUCACACCUCUUCCAAUGGAACUGCUUCAGCAUAUAGGAAUCACCUCUCUUCCCAAACAUCAGCAUCAGACUCCAUCAGCUCUAAAGCAGAAGGAACAAAUGCUUUUGCUGCAUCUCACAAGCAACACUCAGAGGGGAGGGCUAAAAAAGCAGUAAGCUCCCAAGAGAAAGAUUUCACAGACACUUUACUUGAAAAUAUCAAGCCUUCAGCGUUAAUAAAACGUUCACAUCGCUCAAGGAGUCAAGAAGAUAUUCUGCAGAUUCUUACAGGUCUUGAUAAAGAAGACAGAGAACAGUCUUCAACUUCAGCAACAGAUCAUGUAAAUGCUGGUUUAAAAACAGAUUGCCAAACUAUCCAAAGUAGUCAAGAAAAAAUUAAUUCAGAAGAAGAAAUAGGAAGAAGCAAAAAAGCGACCACCCAGUCGGACUUUGAGACAAGAAAGAAAGCCAAUUCCAAAGAGUUCUCCAAUUCCAGGGGAGUUUUUAGAGCAUCUGUUUUUGAAAAUGACAAGAAUAUUGUAAAUGAUGAAGAAUCCACCAAAUCUAUAAAAUCAUCAGAUGCCAGCACCGGAGGAUUUAAAUCCAGAAGGUCAUUCAGCCCAAGAGAAGCUUUGAGAUCAAAAGCCAUCAUUAAACCUGCAAUCAUUGAAAAAGACAUGAAAGCAGUAAUGGGAGAGACUGUUUCUGAGGCAGAGUCAGAAAAACAGAAAGGUGUUUUCAAAACCAUAACAAAUAAAAUGACAAGCAGUAUCACAAUUUUCCCUUCUGAGCCAACAUCUUCAAGGACUAGUGCAGAUGUAGCAACAAAGGAAAGGCAUAUUACCACCAGCAACAUCAGAGUUGCUCCAAAUGAACCCUCACCAAUAACUAACAGUCUCCCCACACCCUUUGAGAUAUCAAUUAAUAAAAGUGCUCUGAAAUUAUCUGAGACAGACAGAAUUGGAGAUGUAGCUCUGAGAAGUAGAGCAGAAACAGUGGUCUCAAGAAGCAGUAUUAUGAUAAAGCCUUCUGAACUCCCAGAAAAGAACAGUGAGCCAUCUUUGGAGACAAUCAGCUGGAAGAACCAUGGCUCUUUGGACACUGUUUCAUCAGAAACAAAACAUGUCACUGUGAGAAGUUCUUGGAGAACAAGACAAGGCUUACAUUCCCUGGACGACUCUCAAACCAAAGUGGAGAAAAAUGCAGCUUCAAGUACUACAAACAUGUGCAGAUCCUCUGCAGAUAUCUCUGAAACUGAGGGGAACCAUGCAAGAACAAACUCACUUGAGCAGAACUCAACACGGAUGAGUGCUGUAGCCAAUUCCUGGAAUGACCCUGAACUGGGCUCCCGAAGGACCAAAAGUAACUUAAGUGCAUCUGAACUGCUAACACGCAGGAGCUACAUCAGUGAUCCUACAGUGGCUUCUACUUGGCACCGAACCGCAUUACCUGAGGAAAGCAAAGAUUUUGUGCCUAGUUCCAGAAGAAAACAAUAUGGCUCUUCUGAGUAUCUUUCACAGGUUGACACAUCAGGAAAAAGGUCAGCUUCCAAGAUGGACCUGCAGGACACCGAAUCCAAUCCUCGUGCACAGCUGGGUGUCCAAGCAGAGGAGCAGGGUGUUUCCCGUUCCUGCCGGACAACAUCUAGGAGAUGAAUUCCAUUCCACCAAGUGAACACUCUGCAUAGUGAAGCAAGAGACAGGAUAUUACCAAGCUCACAGGUGUCACACCUGCAUUGUAACCUCUCCAGAGGCUUCAGCUAGCCUGAAACCAGUUGUUUUUAAAGGCCACAGGACAUAUACGCAAGGUGGCAUAACUGUCCAGGGAAGCCACCACCUCUCCACUCUGCACAGUAGCUCCAGGUGGUGCUCUGGUAGAAGCUAUUAGCACAGCAUCUGCCCUGAGGAUGGUGAUUGUGUGAGACUACACAAUCACACAUCUGUAUGUCAUAUUUCUUCCCUCUCCCUUAGUUAUAUAUGCCUUAAUUCUGAGAGGCAAAUAAACCUCCCUCCUGCCCCCCCCCCCAAACAAAAAAAAAGUUUGUUGGAAAAUAUCAAAACACUUAUGUAAAGUGUUUCCUAAAAGGAAAGUGUUCCAGUGAUAGGAUUUUUUUUUAAAUAAAGUCCGAGUGGAGGAAGAAAAAAGGUUCUAUUUUUGAAAAAAAUAUUGUCCUAUACCAUUUUAGAUUUUUCCCAAAAUUUAUAUUUUUAACAUUUCAUUUUAUCGCUCAUUUCAUGUAGAAGUGUCAGGUUGCAUAAAAACACAAAAAGAUAAUGCUUUUAAAUUAAGAUUAUUAGAGCACCUGCACUUAGUAUUGAAAUUAAAGUAUAUUAAAAUAAACUGUUAUCAAGUACUGUUCCUUGCCCCUUCACGAGAUGACAGUGCUAGCAGAGAAUGGGGUAAGUAUCAAGUAUAAUAGAAGCAGCUUUUAAAUUCAAAAUUCAAACUGAAGAAAUUGAAAUUUUACAGUUAAAUUCAGAUUUCUGAAAUUCUCUACCACGCUCCUCUCCUCUGUUUAUUGGGACGCAUUGAAAAACUGGCAUGUAUUUUGCAAUGUGAAACUAAAAUACAUUUAUGAACUAGCCUGUGAAAGUGCAACAUCCACCUUGCACCUCGCUUUGCUCAGGGUAUGACCGUGUGGUAGGACCACCAUUAAAAAAAAAAAGAAAAAAGAAAAAAAAACAAUCUCAGCAGUUUAAUAAUACAAAUUUCCUUUCCCUUUUCACAUAGUCUUCAAGGCUCUUUACAGCUCAUAAAUAGCAUCUCAGCCUGGCCAGCAGCGACACAUGCUGUAGCAGUGCUUUCAUGGGUCAGGCUUGCUUGCUAGCUAGCGUCUCUCUGCCAGCCCCAGGAUAUUGGGUUCUGGCUCUUUUCCUCUUAUUUUCAUGUUAGAGGAAAUAUUUCCCUUAAGAUUAAAAGAAUAAAAUAAAUAAAUAAAGAAAGAAAGAAAAAAGCUACCUCAGGCCGUUUCCCAUGUUUCAUGGCAGAUGUUGCUGUGAAAAACCUUGCCACACCAGUACCAUCAUUCCAUAGCCAGCAACUUGAAUGCCUUGUGCAAUAACUGCUUUCUGAACCUGGAAGUUGGCUUCUCAAAGGAUCCUUGGCACAUACAUGCCUCUUCAGAUAUCCACAGUAACUAUUUACCACCAUUUACAUUCCCAGACCUGCUGCUCAGCUGCUUUCCAGCAAUAUAAAAUAUGUCUAGCUGUAGUUGCUAUAAAAGAACUGCUGUUGACCUGCUUGACAUUGCAGCUCAAUCCUACAGAGAAGCAGAGUAUUUAAAAUCCCACCUUCUGUCCUGUGUCAGUGCUAUUCAUGAUUUUGAACAGUCAAAUGCAACAGCUAGACAGGCAGCAUAGCACAUACCACCGCCACCGAGGAUGAGGAUUGCUCCAAUCAUCUACUUCAUGGCUUUCCUCGCAGUGACAAUCCCCAUCCUGCUGUAGGACAGUGGUCCAAGUCCGACAGGAGAUACACAUGUUCACCAGCUCCCUUCUUUUCAAGUUUCUGGCAUUACUCCAGCUUAAUGCAGUGCUUCCAAAGCUCCUUCCAAGGGAACUGGUUUGAAUCCUGGCAAUGAAAUCUCUGUGUCUUCACAAUAGUGCGUGCCAGGUUAACAUAGGCUUUCCUGCAGCUGGUUUCAAAGCUCUGUUUUACCCUUUCAGUCCCACAGCUCACCCCAAUAAUGCAGCCACAUUCCUGAAAUCAUGGAGAGGGAAAGAAAACCCCCAAACCACACACACACACACACACCCCAGUGGCAAUAGCUGCCAUUUUUCUCUUCUGUCAACCAGAGCCUCUCUCUUCCUUAGAGAGAGCCAAGGGCAACUGGAGGGAAUGUCACUGCUCACACCGCAGAGUAAGAGCCUCUCAGAUAUGGACACAACACACUCAACAACGCAACUACUCCGGCACUAUCUGCUCUCCUCAGGUGCUUCUCACAGAGUAAGUUUGUCUCCUUUUCUCCAGCUGCUUUGUCCUCAAGGAGACAGAGCAAGGCUAAAGGCAGCCUUCGUCCUGCAUUCAGUAUUUUACAGGACGUACCUUGAAUACAGGCUCGGUCUCGCUGCUUCCAAGUAGUAAAUACAGAUGUCAUUCAGUAACUGUAAACUCGGUUAUUUUUACCGCAACUGAGAUUAAAUCUGAGAAAGAAAAACCCUUUUUAAAAUUGAACGGGGCCAUGACCUCUAAUCAUGAGUGCAAUAGAGCUGAUUGUAUUGUUAAACUUAUAGUGAUGACUUCAGGAAACACGAUGUGUUACUCAAAUUGCACACUUUUUUGAACAGCUGUAAAAUAGAGUAUAUGUGUAAAUAUUGCCAUCACUGAAGAAAUAUUUGUAAUUUUAGCAUAUAAAUAUAUCAGGCUUUUCAGUGGACUCAGUGCUGAGAAGCUGUGCAUCAAGCAUUCGGAUAAUUCCAAAGUUGUAAAUAUAUUUGCUGUACAGAGGAAGUGUGUCAGUGCUCUGCCUCUUCUCCCAAGGAAGCAAAGAGACUGGUCCCUUUUGGAGAGCUAGCAGCUUUCAUCAGAAAAGGCUGAAGCCAGCUUGAGGGCCAGCAGCUUGCUACUUCAUGGAGCUGCUUCCUUUGUAUCUGGAAAUGGCACUGCAGUUUCCCUUGGUAAUGCUGUGAGCAGAAGGCAGUCUCUCCAGCAGCUCAGGUAGUAUGGAGGGAGGACAGCUUCACAUUCAGCCACCAGUGCCAAGUGUUGUCAAGCUGCAGCUCACUGGACACGGAUGAGGGUAAUCUCUUUCUGCAGACAGCACCUCCAGAAAAGGGGACAUGGCAGAAAGCACAGGGAAGGCUGGCAACACCUCGGUGCUCCAAGAGACAACUGACAUGAGCAAUUCCUUAGCUGCAGAUUGAAGCAAUAGUCAUAUCGGUGUUACCUCUAAAUAGUAGACCUCAUCUCUGCCACCCCUGCACAUCACUACGGAGUGGUUCAAACAUUGCUACAAGGCCAACCUCCGGUGGUCUGCUCUACACAUGAUGAAACAUGAAGCCAUUUUUCACAGAGGCCUCUGAUGGUCGGUAAACUAAACACCCAAAGGAUUAUCUUCCUAGGCUGUCCAGCAUGCAGUGCAGGCUCCUGCGUGGAAUGUAUUUUUAAGAGAAGAAAUUAUUUUUUUUUUUUGUAUUUGCAGACAUGUUUGUGCUGGGACAGCUUAGUUACAAUAAUGCAAGAAAUUUUUCAUAUUCACAGGCUCGUCCAAGUCAAGCGACUUCUCCAGGGUUACAGUAUUCCCUAUUUUCCUUAAGCAAACUUUGUGUCCAAUCGAGCUAUUGGCACUGUUCCACCCUCUCAAAAUCCUCCCUGUCUCAGCAUGCUCAGAGGGAAGCCAGCUUUUUCCUCUCAAGGCUGCCCAUAUAGCAGAUACAGAUGGUGCUCACCUCUUACACAGUGCUCUUAGUCUGCAUGCCAAAUGUAAUCACACACUUUAUCUGCAUGUCUUUCCUGACUUGAACAUUGUCAGCUCUACAGUAUAUAACCAAUAAAACUCUCUCUUUUUAA